CACUUUUUCUGGUAUUACAGGUUUUUGCGUUUUAACCUAGUUUUUUGUUUUACUCAGGCUUUUUUUUUUUAAUUAUUUCCGAGGUAGCUUAGAGUUAUGUCCGGCCGCGGGAAGCAGGGCGGGAAGGCGCGGGCCAAGGCCAAGUCGCGCUCGUCGCGGGCCGGGCUGCAGUUCCCCGUGGGCCGUGUCCACCGGCUGCUGCGCAAGGGCAACUACGCGGAGCGGGUGGGCGCCGGCGCCCCGGUGUACCUGGCGGCCGUGCUGGAGUACCUGACGGCCGAGAUCCUGGAGCUGGCGGGCAACGCGGCCCGCGACAACAAGAAGACGCGCAUCAUCCCCCGCCACCUGCAGCUGGCCAUCCGCAACGACGAGGAGCUCAACAAGCUGCUGGGCAAGGUGACCAUCGCGCAGGGCGGCGUGCUGCCCAACAUCCAGGCCGUGCUGCUGCCCAAGAAGACCGACAGCCACAAGGCUAAAGCCAAGUAAAGCUCCUUCAACAAACAACCCAAAGGCUCUUUUCAGAGCCACCCCCAUUUUCCUAGAAAGGGCGGGAACACUUGAGACUCCAGAUAUUUGCUUAUUUGUAAACCUUUUUAUUUUAAUUUCUGGAAUCAUUAGAUUUCAAAUAAUGUUUCUGGAACAUGCAUUGUUUUUUAAUGUUUUUUUCUUUUUUUGCUGUUUGGUGUAGGUCACUGCAUUUUUAAGAAGUCAACAUGCUUAUGUGAACUUUCUCAGUCACUUUUUUUGCAAUACUGCCAGAAGACAACCGUUACAGUUGACGAGAUCAGUGACAGCAGGAUGGCCUAAGAAGAGAACUUGAGAACACGGCAAGGGUGGGCUUGUUAUCUGGCCCCUCAUGUUUUCAGUGGGGCGAAGCACCCCUAAUCCCGGUGAAGGUGGGCUGUGGCGGGGGAGGGCGGGGUGUCUGUGCGCACCCGCCUGGAGGGGCGGGGCCAGCGCUAGCCAGUCAGGGUGGAGCGCGCGGUUUUCAAAUCCGGGGUGGGAUGGGGUGCCUUUCCCUCCCGGCGCAGCUGCUGCCGCCCCUAUUUCGGAAUGGAAAAGUAGUCCAAGUGCUUUCUGCAUAGUGGCUGCUUUCUUUUUCUGUCUCCUGAGAUCUUAUUUUUUUCAUAUUAGUACUUUAUCUUCCAGGCAAUAAUGAGAGAAUUAAAUAUUUCACUGGGAUGCUCUCCUAUAACUAAGCCAGGACUGUUUUCAAAGGACAGGGUCAGUAAAUGAUGGGGGAGGUCGUGGUGGAAAUCAUAAUGGAAGAUCCCAUGUUAAAACAAAAUAGGCUAAAGAGUGCUUUUCCAUAGCAUCUGAGUUCCUGGAGAAUCACUAUGAACAGUCACAUGUGUGAGGCAGAGGAUCAUUGUCUGUCAGUCUAGACUUAAACUGAUGUUUCUGUUCUUUUUCAUUUUGAUUACAUGAAUGGCUUUUAAAAGUGCUGCUUGGUUUAUCUAGAACAUUUUCAUUUGACAGUAACGACUCCUGGGCGCUGACUUCUUUGACUCAGCAGCACCUUUUGAUGCUGCCUUUUUGGUCCUUUUGGCCGUGGCAGCUGCCGGCUUCUUAUGGCUUGGCUUUCUUGAGCCUGAGAGCCCCUUGUGCUGCGUGGAGGUGGUCAUGGCCUCUGUGAUCACCGCGGGGAGAUUGGGGCCUUCAGGCUUCGGAGCUGCCUUCGGCUUCUUGGAGGUGGGGGCUGGAGCGGCAGACUGCCUCGGGCAUGGUCAGAGACAGCUUUUAAAAAGGCAGGGGGGGAGCGUCAGACAAUCAGAGAGAGACAGGAGGAGCCUCGAUGAUCCACCCCGCUGAAAGGUGAAGGCUUCUCUUCCCCUCUGCGUUUGAUUUUCUUCCACUGUAAGGGACACUACAUUCCUUCCGUUGUUUGGUACAUAUUGGUAAAAAAAAUAUUUUAUUUCUUUUUCUGUAGUGUUUUAUGCGGAAGAAAACAAAACUGGCCAAAGGAGACCCGGGAAUGCACUGCCGGAGGCCUCCAAAUGCUGCCCGCGGGCCUGGGGAGUGUUUUCUUUGUUCUUUAAAAGUGCCCCUUGAGAAAUAAGUGGAAGAAACUGUACUGCUUUUUACAGUUUCCUCCCCCAGGAAGCAGAGGAGUGAGUCAUUGUGGUAAUGUGUUAAUCGAAAAUGUUUUUCAAGCAGAGGGAGUGCCUGGCUGAAGUGUUGCUUGGAAACAAGAUGAGAAUCGUGGGAAUAGUUUUAAACUAUAUUUGCUUCUUACACAAUUUUCAAGUUCUAUUCUUUUUAUGUUUGUGCAUUUGUUUGUUUGGGUGUGUGUGUGUGGUUUUGUUAGACUACUUUUUCUCCCUUUUAUCAGCCCUGUUUCGUUGAAAGAAAUUGCAUUAGGUAUUAAUCAUCUACCAUUCAGAAGCAAAUAUUUGAAACAAUAUCAACGGCAGGAUUUUAUCAGCAGCUAUUCUGAAAUUUGUGGCUAGAACUACGUUUAAAACACUUGAAGAUUAUUGUUUUGUUUAAUAAUCUCAGUUUCUUGUACUCAGUAUAUUAAGCAAAAUAACCUUCGGUUGGUGGAUAUUUAUAACGGGUGAAGAAGACGGCAUGGGUCUCAAACAGCAUACUGAUUUGAGAAGGUUCUGAUUGGCCUAUUUGAAAAUCCCAUGUUUUGAAACACAGGCCUCCCAGGUUUCAUUUUUGUCCUCAAAAGCAAGCUGUGAGGAGGGAGCAUUUCUCCCUUUCCAAGAGAAAUGGUCACACUGAAGUGCUUGGGAAGGAAGUAUGUCUGGAUUAGAGGAGGAGGGAUUUUCCUCACUGAUGUAUGAAAAAUCACUUGAAAAUACAAGUAUUCUAUCAUUUUUAUUUUCAAAUGAUGUAUGGACAGAUUGAAAUCCAGUCUAAGGUAUUUUUAAUUAUCUUUCUCACUAGAAUCUAGUUACACUCAAUAAUAGUAAACCACAAAGCUCACAUUUUUUUUUCUCUGCUUUUCUAGCCAUGUUUCCCCUUUGAGACGUGCAUAUACAGAGUUUAGUUCCCUUUCAUAGCAGUUUAUAAUUUAUGUUCUGUUUUCUGUGCCACCAAUGGUAAUUUCACAUUUUUUACAUGUUUUUAUUAGUACAAGCAAACUGGUGAGUUCUGUAUACAAAAUCCUCUUUUUCUUCAGCUAAAAUAUGACUGGAAUAUUUUACUACAGUUAUUGCAUAUCCUUGUUUCUCCUGACCAGCCAUUCACACUUAAUGUGGAAUGGCAAUAUGUUCUUCCUUAUGUAACUAUGCUUGUUAUAAACUAGCACAUCUUUUGUCUGCAUACCAUAGUUAAAGAAAAGUUUUGUAUAUAUUAAAAUAGAAGAGAGAAGUGUAUUGUAAUACCUAUUGACUUAUGAGGUAGAUUAGACAUUAAAAAGUUUUCUUUAAAACCACAAGUACUUUAUUUCAUUUGAGAUGCAGAAUUUCUAACCAAUCUGGAUCAUUUUCCAAAUUUCUUUCCAACUAUUCAAACAACCUAACAAGCAGAUUACUACAUAAAGGAGGAAGGCUUCAGAUUUAAGAACAAUGCAUCAGAGAUGCUGGUGGUCAUGAAAGGACAUUUUGUGUCAUAGAUGACCUAAACUACUCUUGAUCUUUAAAUCCAAACUUAUGCUUUAAAGUACAAGCUAUGGCACAGGUAGUAUAAUCUCUCAGAUAUCCUGGCCUCAGAUAAUGUUCUUGAGCCUGUAGUUACUCUAUAGCUCUGCUUUUUCAUAAAGCAUUAGGAGAUAAAAUGCAAGGUCAUAUAAACAAACAAAAAACACAAACAAAUCAAAAUCCAACAAACCCCAUACUUAGCUGCAGAAACAUUCCCAAGUAUGCAGACAAAUAAGUGAAACAGACUGAAGGGUAAAAUAAUAGUGACACUUUGGUUAACUUCAUCAUAGUGACAAUGGUAUAUGGGAAGUGCCCUUAAAUGUCCUUUUGCUUCAAAAAAUCUUGCUCAUGUUUUUGUUUAAAAGGCUAUGCUCUUUCACUCUGUAACAACAUGUGGACAGCAUAAAGGCAUUGUCCAAAACCCCUUGAUUUGAAGCACCUUAACACAGUCUUAGAGGAAGUCGAUGUAACUCCUCCUCCCUUUCUGGGGCAGAAGUUGCUUUAAGCUACUGUAUCUACCAAAAAUGUAGGCAAGUUAGAGCAUAUGCCCACAAAAGUGAAUAGAAUUGUUUGCCUGCUACUGAGGGUAGAUCCAUGAAACUGUGGGCUGUUCUUUGUAAAACUUAUUUGAACAUUUUAUGCAGUCUACAGUCUACACAAAGGUUAACUAUUUACAGGCCUAUUCAUAAAUUAUACUAAUGCCUCUUCAUUCAAAUAUUUAUUUCAUUUAGUACCUUUCUACAAUCAUACGUAACAAACUAAAAUAUUGUCAAGUAGGAAUAUCUUACAAACGUGGUGUAAUAUAUAGAAUAGUUCUGAAUAGUACCAUCAGCAAUUAACUUUUCAUACUCCUGUGAAAACAAGCCUGCUUAAACAACAAACCAGUUAAAAAAAAAAAAAAAAAAAAAAGUUAUUUAUUGUAAGGAGCCAUUGAAGGAGGAAUGUUGUUUUUACAACUGGUCUGGCACCUGACCCCAGUGGAUGGGAGGACUGAAAGAUGUCUGGCUAUGAAUCUUUAAUGCAAAACAAAAUCUCUUUAAGCUAAUCCUGGAAUGUAAACUGAUGACUCUAUUUGAAAAGUUAAGCUACGGGACAGGGUAGCCAGAGAUCCAGGAAUCCACACUUAAAAACAAUAAGUCGGGGGGGGAGGGGGUGUUAGAAUUAGAUUAAUGAAAUAGGUAAACCGAGGCAGGCAUCGGGUAGUCUAUAAACCCUGUAGUACUCAACUAAUGGGGAACAGGGGAGGGAAUUUGCAGCUGGGAUUAGGGUGAUAUAAGCAGGGGCUUUUUGCCCUGUUCCAUGUGCCUACUAUUAGGUAGGACACCCGGUUUUGCAAAAUAGUUAACAAAGUAUGCUCAGGAGAGAUCCUGCCUGAGCUUGUUAUAUUGGCAAGGCAAUCAUCUCCUACAUUUACAUUGGUUGUUUUUUUUUUUUCUCAGGUGUACAGUAUGGGAUCAAUUUAGAUACUGGUAAACAUGAAAGAAACUCACAUGUCUCCAUUCAGUUUCAGAGGCACUGACGUUUUGAAAAUCUGAAUGACAGGAGUGAAGCCUGAAAAUCAGUUGCAUUAUACAGCUGUAGAAACUCAGCAAAAAUCUGCAUUUGCAGUUUGCAGGUAACAAUAAAUGCUCUGAGUGUACAUAACAUUAACAUUUUGCGGACUGCCAUAAAUCGCUGCUAAUUCCUUGGACGUCUUUCUCUCUGCAUCUUCCGAUCGAUCGGUUUGGGAGAUUUUCCCUCUCGCCCCGCACCGUGAAGCAGCUGCCGGAGCACGGCGGGGAGGGGCGGCCACAGGCACCGCCCGCCCGGCGCCGCCGCGUCCCCGCUGCAGCAAUUCUUGACCAAUCCUGCCCAGAAAGGAACUUCCCUCCCUCCUCCUCCUUCUCCUCCUCCUCCUCCUCCUCCUCGCCCUGCCUCCCUCUCAUCUUCCUCCGGUUACCUUCUCCGCCAUCCCUCUUCAAGUCGUUUCCAUCUCGUUAAUCCGCAGGCAGGGAAGGUGAAGCUGCUGAAUGACCCGGCGGUGCGGUGAUGGGCGCCCCACCCGCCCGGGUUGCUGUUAAAACCAGCUCGCGUUUUCAAUACCUCUUGCAUCGACUGUUGGUUUUAACUGCGUUUUAUAUUGUGGCUGCUGCCCAGGGUACGGGGUGGGGAAAGAAAAAAAAAAAAAAAAAAAAAAAGAGAGAGAGACUUAACUGUUGAGAGAGUGAGAGAGCAAGAGACCAUCUCGCUUCAUAAACUACUUAUAUAAGGACCCCGUGAUCGUUAGAGCAUUUCCCACCUUGUUCAUUCUGUCCUAGAAAACCUGAUGCAUGACUGCAUGGUACAGAAACAACGCUCCCAUACUAACUAGGCUGAUGCAAACAAACCUUUUUUUUUCCCCUCCGGAUGUCAUCUCUAUGUGUCACUUCUUUAAGAAUUCUACUGUUUCAGGUCUCUGCACUCUGCAUAUGAAUGAUAUUGGUCUUGACAUAUGGGGACGUAUUUCAAACAGAAACCAAGCCCUUCCCUCUUCCUACAGACACUGCAGCUUCCUCCUGUCAUGGUACUUCCUCUUUUGUCUCCUAAAGUAGUUUGUGAAAGAACCAUGGAAAUACCUGCACAAAGCAGGAUGCUAGUAACUUGGAAGCCUUGAAAAAAAGUCGUUAAACAAAUGAAUAGGAUUUUUUCUUUGGGGAAGUAGUUUUUGUUUGGAGGGGGAUCCGUUGUUUGUUUGGGGUUGGGGUAUUUUUUUACCCUACGGUAAAACCAAACUGAUCUUCAGGAAGUGUGUGCUAUUAAAUGGAAGAUGAUACCAACAGGGAUCAGUUUUGAAGUCUUUUAAGAGAUGGGAACUGUUUACCACCAGUGUUAGGAAGUGCUUAUAGUUAUGCAAGCAUCUGUGUUCUCCAGAAUUGAUUUCUACAGUGGAGAGAGAGGGCUCCAUCCUUACAUUUUCAUUCAUCAUUUUCAGGUCCUCCUUAGAAAAAGCCUAGAGAGAUAAGGAGUCCAUUUACUUAAAGAAACCACCUUUGAUAUUUAGGCAGUCUUUCUGGCCUCACUAACAUUUUGCCUGUGUGCCCUGACUGCCUUUCCACAUCAUGUGAGAGACACCUCAAGGCUCUUCCAACUAAUGCUGCCUUGUUUGGAAGAGGAAAACAGAGUUUUUCGCCCUUCUCAUACUGUCUUGAUUAAUGGGAAAAGCUGAAACGUAAAAAAAAAAAAAUAUUAAUGAAUAGUUCAUAUAGUGAGUGACUUGUUGGUUCUAAGUAAUAAAAUCAAUGGAAAUGAUGAACCCUGGCCGUAAAAUGUGAGACCAAGAUGUCAUAUUAGGAAAUGUAAUGUUACUCCAGAUUUCAAUCAAUACGGAUUGCUCAGAGCUCCUUCCAUCUUUUUAAGAACAUUAAAAGAUCUGGGCUCUUGUAAACAGGAUGUAUGCCUUUCCUUUUGGUUUAAUUUUGUCUAUUUUCUGGAGUGUCCUAACAUUUAAAUGUUAUAUAAACUGUUAUUUUAUACCCACUGCUGCCAGUGAAAAGAUUAGAAAUAUGCCAUACACACAUAUUAUGCUAAAAAAAAUUAAACUGUCUGUUGUUUCGUGGGGAAAAUAUAGAAUUGGGUAAGUAUAUCUUGGCUUUAGCAAUCACGAAAUAUAGAAUAUUUCCUCAAAUAACCCAAGCACACUGUAAUGCAAUAAUCAAUUCUAUCUGCCUGUACAUUGUUAUCGUAUCUACAAAGAUUCUGUGUAAAAUCGGUCACAAUAAAAAUUAACGCUUUA